AGAUCAAGCAAAUUCAACAAAAUAACAUAAUUCUUCCUUCUUGAUCUUGCAUUCGAUUAGCUAUUAUUCAAUGGACCAACUCUUGUCGCUUCUAUUAUUCGUUCUAGCACUUUGUCCGCUAACUCUAGCACUUCACUGCCGUAUUUUUCGUAGAUUUGGUUCUGCUCCAUUGAAACGGUCGAACCACAAUGAGCUGUUACUGCCUGGGCCAUCGGGUGCAUGGCCUUUAGUAGGCCACCUUCAUCUCCUGUGGGGAAGAGAGCCCGCUUUCAGGAAGUUUGCAGCCAUGGCCGACAGAUACGGGCCCGUCUUCUCCCUUAGGGUCGGCCUCUGCAGGCUGGUGGUCGUGAGUGGCUCCAAGGCCGCAAGGGAGUGUUUGGCCGUGAACGAUAGGGUUCUGGGCACUCGGCCUGAUAUUGCAGUCGGAAGGUACAUCGGAUAUGAUAAUGCUAUUUUUGCCUUGGCGCCCACAGGGCCAUACUGGCGUGAAAUCCGAAAAAUCGCUGCCCUCGAGCUCCUCUCAAGCCACCGCGUCGAGCGACUCCUCCAUGUUAGGGCCUCUGAGAUAGCCUCCUUCAUGGCGGAUCUCCUCUCUCGCUCCCAACAUGAUAGCCUCGUUAUUCCCAUUGACAAGCAGUUCGAGCACCUCACCUUCAACAUAAACCUGAGGAUUAUUGCCGGGAAGAAGUUCUCGGACGCCGAGUUUGGCAUGGCAGGCUCCGAUGCUUGCCGGUUCAAGAAGGCGAUCGAGGACUUCCUGUACCUGAGUGGAGUUUUCGUCCUGUCGGACAUGAUCCCUUGGCUCGAGUGGGCGGAUAUCCAAGGGCACGUGAAGGCGAUGAAGGAGACGGGGAAGGAGCUUGACUAUGUCCUUGAUAAGUGGCUAAAGGAGCAUAUUGAGAGGAGGAAACAGAGAGGCAGACAUGAGAUCGAUGACAAAGAAGCCGAUAAUUUAAUGGAGAUUCUGCUCGAGAGGUUAACGGAGAGCGAGCCAAUGUUCUUCGGGCGUGACCGGGAGACUGUCAUCAAGGCUACUGCCCUGAUUCUCAUAUUCACCGGUUCAGAAAGCACGGCAUUGACCAUGACGUGGGCUGUAGCAUUGUUAUUGAACAAUCCCCGCGCCCUGAAGCAUGCCCAAGAAGAGCUAGACACAGUCGUCGGACGGGAGCGGUGGGUCCAAGAAUCGGACAUCGGAAGCCUGAAAUAUCUCCAGGCCAUCGUGAAGGAGACUCUGCGUCUCUAUCCACCAGCUCCAUUAACGGGAAUCCGCGAAGCCUUGGAGGAUUGUCACAUUGCAGGUUACUCCGUUCCUAAGGAUACGCGUCUAUUAGUCAAUAUAUGGAAGCUUCAGAGGGACCCCACGAUGUGGUCCAACCCCGACGAAUUCCGCCCUGAGAGGUUCCUGAAGGAGCAUGAGAAGGUCGACAUCAGAGGCCAGAGUUUCGAGUACAUCCCCUUUAGUUCUGGACGAAGGUCGUGCCCAGGUGCCACGUUCGGGCUUCAGUUGGUUCACCUGACGCUGGCUCGCAUGCUGCAAGGUUUCAACAUAACGACUGUUGGGGACGGGCCGAUUGACAUGGGCGAGGGCCAGGGCAUCGCCCUGCCCAGGACGAGCCCUCUCAGGGUUGUCCUGAAACCGCGCCUUGAUUUGCCACUUCAUGGAUGAACUGAUUCUAUAUGCAUCGGAUCAUCCCUAGUAAUUAGAUCAUACGGAUGCGAAUCGUAAGAUCGUGUGAGCUCACCAAGCUCAUCGGAUGGAAAAUAAUAAUUUUUUAUUUUUCUUGUCUAUCAGCCUAUUUCAAGUAAUAUUGGAUUAAACAAAAGAGAUAACUUGUUCCCCUUUUAUUAUGUACUUGAGCCUUCUCCAUGAAGGUAAUCUAGCGUUGUAUAUGUGCGAGGAUGAGUCAUCCCAUGUCAAAAGGGAAAUGGAAUAAGAUGCUUUUUCACUCUCAACAA